UUAUUUUGAACGUGUUUAGCGAAAACAAUUCAUCGUGUUAUAAAUAAACGUCAACAAAGAACCAAUAACGCGAAACCGUUUUUGGCAUAAUUAUUUUCAACAAAGAGAGACUUACAAGGAAAAAGGAAACGUAAAUCAACGUAAUUCUUGGUACGGUUCAUUAGCGAGAGAAAAGACCUUCUUUCCUAUGUCGAACGACGUGUUACGUCAGGUCUGGAAUCGGCCUCGUAGCGCUGACAUCGAUUUAGCGUCACAUGAAGAAGGAAUAAAAGAUAGCAACGUAGAAAGAAGUUUGACUAACACAGCUGUCGUUGACUUAGCUCACGAAAAAAAUGAGAACCUACGAACUUUAGCGAAUCGAAGUAAGGUCAAAACGUGGACGAGCGAGCAUAGUAUAGGUAGCGUUCAAGAAGAAGCGUUUGUUCAUCGCCUGUUUCACGCAGAGCCCACGUCAACAGAGCACGCAACGACGCACUCAGAAGCCCGGAGGCCUUUUUGGAAUAUUAGAAAACACAGAAUUGGCUUCGAAGCACAUACUGAAGACAACAGACCUUUGAGAAGUCUAAAUGUAGAAUGGGAUCGCACGUGUGAUGGACACAGAGUUGAUGCAUUGUGGAGCAAUCUGUCAUUUCCAGCAUUCAACAAACAAUUCCCACCAACCACGUACGCUGAAUUUAGCACUAAUUCGAGUGACAGUAACGUGUUUACAACACCGGAAGAAGUACGCAAGCUUGAUCAAGAAUUACAAAAAAAUUACCUUUACGAUAAUCACCGAAGAAGUACAUCAGAUAGUGGAAUUGUUGGUGAUCGCCUUCUUGAUGACAAGGGCAGUUGCGAAGGGAAUAAUAAAGCAUCUGGUGAAUCCUGUUUAGAUAAAGGUUUAAUACUGAACGUUCGCUCAAUGACUAUGGAAAACGGAGAAGAGGGGCAGCUUUUGGCCGUGGGGGAUCGUGAUGGCCAUCUAUCUCGCGGAUUUCCCGAAUCUACUUUAAUUCAUCAAAAUGAUACAAGGGGCAUACCGAUAGAUAAUAGUAUAUAUCAUCGAAGGAAGAAACGAAAAAAUAUUGAUGGUGGAUCUAUUGCCCCGUCUCUGAAUUACGGAAAAUCUAGAAAUACUUACGAAUAUCGUCCCAUAAGACAUGAUAGCGAAUCGACCCCAUCCCCCAAAUUCAAUCAACAAGUAAGCCGCUCAAGAUCAAGAAACUGCUUCGAUAACCAAUCCGCUUUAAGUGACUCUCAGCGUUCUUUGACAACGGCAGUGGAGCCUAAUGAGCAAGCCUAUGCUAAUACAGAAUAUCACGCGGGAAGAAGCUACUCGAACCGUAGUGGGCUCGGUGAAGGCGGUUCAUGCCGAAACGUUCAACGAUCUGGUUCCCGUCCACCAUUGAGUCGAUCUCAUAGCUCAGCUGAAGCAGGCUAUUCAAAUGAUUCUGUGCACAGCAAUCGAAAAAAUCCCUUCGCAGAAAUCGCCAUUGCAAGCCAGAAGUAUAACGGCAUAAUGACGAGAAUACCGAGCAUGAGUCAUUCAAUGAAAAGUUUAAACAGAUCUUCAGAACAUGGCUCUACAGAGCCUUCGGAUCGUAUGUCACAAAUGGGACAAACUGUUUUGGCACCUGCGUUUGUGUCGAUGCUUAAUCCCCCUGAAUUAGGAAAAAUUAAAGCGGAAGAUACAUCGAUUUCUCGAGAUAGUAUCAAAUUAACUCCUAUAAAAAACUCUAACAUUGAUGCUGACCCUAUGUGUAUGCGGAACACGUCUAUAGAAAGGCAGGAAAGUGACGUUUCUGGUCUCAAAAAGCAGUCGUUUAGCAGGAAAAAUAUGAAUAUUGGGUAUAGACUUGGGUACAGAAGAACUCUUUUUGAAAGACGAAAAAAACUAAGCGAUUACGCACUUAUAUUUGGGAUGUUUGGAAUCAUUGUUAUGGUAAUAGAAACGGAACUUUCGGGAAAUAUACAAGAUCCAGUGAAAGGUCAUGUUAUGAAAUGUACACCGGAGGAACAAAUCGAAUUGGCAUGGCAAGGUCGUAUAUUGACAGAAUGCGCUUGGAAGGCAACACACUUCUCGUUCGGUUUGAAAUGUUUAAUAUCAGCUUCAACUGUAAUAUUGCUUGGACUUGUUAUUGCAUAUCAUGCAAGAGAAAUUCAACUUUUCAUGAUUGAUAAUGGGGCGGAAGACUGGAGAAUCGCCAUGGACACGGAAAGACUAUUCUUUAUCGCUUUGGAAAUAAUUGUAUGUGCAGUUCAUCCUAUCCCGGGAUUCUAUACUUUCACGUGGCAGGCUCGACAGUCUUUUACCGGCAUGACAACAAGCACAAUGGCAGAUGUGGAUAUUCUUUUGUCCAUACCUAUGUUCCUUCGUCUCUAUCUCAUUGCAAGAGUGAUGUUGCUUCAUAGUCGCUUAUUUACAGACGCCUCAUCGCGAAGUAUUGGUGCUUUAAAUAAAAUAAAUUUUAAUACAAGGUUUGUAAUGAAGACAUUGAUGACAAUUUGCCCUGGCACCGUUCUACUUGUUCUCAGUAUAUCUAUGUGGAUAAUAGCGGCAUGGACUAUCAGAGCAUGCGAAAGGUAUCAUGAUUCAGACGAUAUGAACAGUAAUUUUCUGAGUGCGAUGUGGUUAAUUUCAAUAACUUUUUUAUCAAUUGGUUAUGGAGAUAUGGUUCCAAACACAUUCUGUGGGAGAGGCGUAUGUCUUUUGACCGGAAUCAUGGGAGCUGGAUGCACCGCUCUCGUGGUUGCUGUGGUAGCAAGAAAACUGGAAUUGACCAAAGCUGAAAAACAUGUUCAUAACUUCAUGAUGGACACUCAAUUAACAAAAAGAGUGAAAAACGCUGCAGCAAACGUGCUACGUGAAACGUGGUUGAUUUACAAACAUACAAAGCUUGCAGAUAAACUUGAGCCAUUUCGCAUACGAAAACACCAGAGAAAAUUUUUACAGGCUAUUUACCAGUUACGUAAUUUCAAAAUGGAACAGCGAAAGCUUAACGAUCAAGCAAACACAUUAAUCGAUUUUGCAAAGCUGCAAAUCAGAGUAUCCGACAUGCUCAGUGAUAUCAGCACGAAGAACGAGUUGUUAGAAGAAAGAGUAACUUCAAUAAGCGGGAGACUUGAUUCCCUGGAAGACCAAGUUCAAAGGCUUCCAGAGGUUUUGGGGAACAUUUUCCAAGUGCAGCUUGCUCAAUUUACAUCGAACCUAUCACGCCGAUCUCCUCGAGGUUCCGAACAUUGUGUCAAUGUUGACGAUUCUCCUGUGAGUGACAGUCCCCCACAGUAUUGUCAUGUUCCAGGAGCAUCACCAUCAUUGUUACAUACAAACGAUAAUCUAAACGGGCGACCCGGAUUCUUUCGGAAACCGUUAACUCGAAGCAAGAACUUCGGUGAAGCACACGAUCCUGACACAAAUAUUGAUCAAAACGACCUGGUUGCGCCCAACGUAUUUGCGAUAUCACCAUUGACCAGAGACAAAAGUAAUGUUGUCAGAUCCAUUGAGAAUAUCGAACAAUGGGAUGUUCCUCGUGGACAGAAUGAUUAUAGCGAAGGUGACGGAGAACAGACAGACUCGGGUGAUCAAGAUUGCAUUUCUGAAACUGAAACUAAUAUUAUUGGCAAAGUCAAUGAUGAAACCAUAAUUUAAAAUGGGUAAACGUGUUCGAAAGGUAAUAUUCUGCGGCAAUGAAAUUUUGGCAUUUCAUUUACUCAAAACCACCAGCGCCAUAUAUAAUAUAUAUAAUAACACCAUAAAUGACAAAACGCCGAAUGUUCGAGAAAGUCUUGUUAGGAAAGUUUCAAGUUGCAAAUUAAAUUACAACAGAUUUAUGGCGAGGUUUGUAUGAGUGUAGCCUAACUUCAUCUUACAUCCUACACAAGCCUGAAAUAUUGUCACCCAUAGACUCUGGAAUAUAAACGGGAUGUAAUACGGUUGGGAAUCCAGAUUGAAACACCGAUAUAUUCGACAAAUAAAGCGUUUGUCUACUUCUGAUUAAAACUUGAAUUUUGCAAAUACACUUCUAUUUUUUCUUAUUUUAAUAUUUAUGUUCCCCCUCAAAUUUUGGAAAAUUUAUCAUCUUACGUCGUUAUUCUGCUAACAAUCUGAUAAAUGUAUUAUAUCCUAACACGUUAUUGCUAUAUGAAUUUUUUAUUUCGAUCUAUAUUGGCAUCAGUUGUGACAGUUCCAAAAAUUUCUUUAAUUACUCAAUGUAAUAAAUUACAAAAUUUCCAUAUUACAAUAAUCCGCACCAAAACACGACGUAUGAGUUGUUUCAAUUUGUUUACUUCAUCAAUGGUUUUUUUAGCUAUAAUUUGCAUCAGAUGUUAGACCUUUGUAUCCGUUAAUAACAUGAUUAAUUAUUAUGAAAGGCUGCAUAACAGUGCCUAUGCGUUUAGUUGGUGUUUAUUUAUUUUGUUAUUAUUUUUAUUUUUCAGUUAUUGGAGAUGUGUUAUAUGCGUUUUUGAAAUUUUAAAUAUUUUAUUAGUUUCGAACAGAUUAAGAAUUUUUCAUUGUGGUGUUGCUUGUAGUUUUCACGCACAAACGAGCCUACAAUGGCGUGGUUUGCACUGUGAAUUGUUUUAAGGACUUAUUAUUCUCUGUUAAUAUCACUAGCGACACUG